CACUAAAUAAGGCACAAGUUUGACAGAACAAUUCCAACUUUCCUACGUAGGUUGGGUACAUGUAGUGAGAUGUAGUGCAGUUAGCACGCGAGUCAUUAGCCCCACCAUCAUCAGUAUCGUUCCGUUCAUGUCGUUGGUAUCAUCUCGCAGCUGUGUCUUCUAAUAACUUGAGUAAUAUUCGAGAAAUUGUUCAGCCGAACGAAAAGCGAAGUUCAAUAUCGCCGAUACGUUUGUUGAAAGAACUCCGUCACGAUACUAUUGACUCACUUUCGGGUUGAAAAUAGCGAUUUUCAUUUGCGUGGAAGAAUACCUUUGUCGGUCGAACCAACAUCCAGUCGGCUGUGAAAGUUCAGUGAAAAGUGCGGUGCUUGUGAAGAGACGUGAGAGAUUACGCAAAGAUCUGUUGGGUGGAGGAAGUGUCUAGUGUUUCCGAAAAUAAUUGAUUGAAUUAUAAUCGAUCCAUUGUGUCGGGCGGUGGCACACGAGUGAUUUAUUUCCGUCUGGUGUCUGAGAAGAUAAGGCAGGAAACAUCCCAAAUAGAGCAGUUUAGUGUAGCUCUGAUAAGAUAGAUAACCCAUUCUUUCGUUGCGACAAAAUGAAAGCGAUGAUGACCUUGGAGGAAGUCUUGAAUCUUUGCGGUAUGAUUGCCUACUGUCAAGAGGGUCCCACGCAUUUGAAGCGUUGCUCAACGGACAAGCUGCGCGAAAUCUUCAACAAAUAUGCCACACAGGAAGUCAACGGCGAGCUGCACAUGACCAGCGAUGAUUUCGUAAGGGGUUUCCUCGGACAAUCAUACAAUGAGGACUCAGUCACACUGCUGGCCGGUAUCGCAGACACCAGCAAGGAUGGACUUAUCUCGUUUGCCGAGUUCCAAGCGUUCGAAGGUCUCCUCUGUACCCCGGACGCCCUGUACAAAACCGCCUUCCAGCUGUUCGAUCGCAAUGGCAAUGGUUCGGUGACGUACAGUGAGUUUGUCGAUGUUUUCAAAAAGACAGAUCUGCACGCUAAAAUCCCGUUCAAACUGGACGGUCCAUUCAUACAGCUCUACUUCGGCAAGGACCGGCAGCGAACGAUUAGCUACUCAGAGUUUUCACAGUUUCUGCACGACUUUCACGAGGAAUGCGCGCUGGAAGCGUUCCGAAUGAAAGACACCUCCGGGUCCGGGUUCAUCUCGGCACUCGAUUUUCAGGACAUUAUGAUGAACGUGAAGAAGCAUUUACUGACGGCGGACGUUAAGGAUAAUUUAGUGGCGGUAACAGAAGGACACAAAGUCAGCUUUCCGUACUUCAUGGCAUUUAACUCGUUGCUCAAUAACAUGGAGCUCAUCAAACGGAUCUAUCUAAACGCGACCAGCGGCAACCGAACGGAACCAAUCACCAAAGACGAGCUUCUCCAGUCGGCACAAAUCAUGAGUCAAAUCACUCCGCUGGAAAUCGAUAUUCUUUUCCAACUGACGGGAGCAAUUCAUCAGACCGGGCGUAUUGUGUACGGCGACUUGAGCAGUAUUGCACCGGAGCAUUAUACCAAACAUAUCACAACCAGACUGACGGAGAUCAAAGCUGUGGAAUCUCCGGCCGAUCGAUCGAUCUUUAUCCAGAUGCUGGAGAGCACCUACCGGUUCACGUUGGGUUCUGUUGCGGGAGCCGUUGGUGCCACAGCAGUGUAUCCGAUCGAUUUAGUUAAGACUAGAAUGCAGAACCAGCGAACUGGGUCGUUCAUUGGUGAAGUAGCUUAUCGAAACUCGUGGGACUGUUGUAAAAAGGUCAUUCGGCACGAAGGUUUUCUCGGCCUUUAUCGGGGCCUGGUGCCACAACUGAUGGGUGUGGCACCAGAGAAAGCUAUCAAGCUGACCGUGAACGAUUUUGUGCGCGAUAAGUUUACCGACAAGCAGGGGCAAAUUGCACGGUGGUCGGAAAUACUGGCUGGUGCUUGCGCCGGCGGUUCUCAGGUCAUAUUCACCAACCCACUCGAAAUUGUAAAAAUUCGUCUUCAAGUAGCGGGUGAAAUUGCGGGCGGUGCCAAGGUACGCGCCUGGAAUGUUGUUCGCGAGUUGGGACUCUUUGGCCUGUACAAGGGAGCUCGCGCUUGUUUGCUUCGCGAUGUGCCAUUCUCUGCCAUUUAUUUUCCGAUGUACGCUCACACGAAAGCUGCCUUUGCCGAUGAGGAGGGUUACAAUCACCCGCUAACGCUGCUGGCGGCUGGUGCCAUCGCCGGUAUACCGGCGGCUUCCUUAGUCACUCCGGCCGAUGUGAUCAAAACGCGACUUCAGGUCGUGGCCCGCACAGGACAAACCACAUAUAAUGGGGUAAUCGAUGCAACGCGCAAAAUCAUGGCCGAAGAGGGACCACGUGCCUUUUGGAAGGGAACAGUUGCUCGAGUCUUCCGCUCAUCGCCUCAAUUCGGUGUUACGUUAGUUACUUAUGAACUCCUGCAGCGAAUGCUGUACGUAGACUUUGGUGGUUCGAGGCCGUCCGGUUCGGAUGUGUUGCAGACCAAACAGGAACUAUCAAAGGUGAAUCCGGACCAUCUCGGAGGUUACCAGGCGGCACUGCCAAUGCUGAACGGAAUCGAAACCAAGUUCGGAUUAAGCCUGCCGCGGUUUUCCUCCACAUUGAAGACACCAUCCGCCAAGCAAGCCUCUUGAAACCUGCUCGAAUGGCUGGGGGUAGUUAGUGAUGGGGGUAGCGGCGAGAAAGAUCGCCGUGACAGUGGUAACAAACGCUGGAGUAACUUCUUCUGGUAGCAACAUAACUUAGUGCGACUAGGUGUGACUGAACGGACGAAUGCCAUCAAAGCACGAGUAGUAUUUAUUGAGAUGGACGAGUGCGUGUGUAUGUUGUCCGCUGAGAGCUGUUACUCGGUAGGAAUUGAAAUUGCAAUGCAGGUAGGCGUGCAACACGCCGGAUGCUAUAUAGUUUAAAGAUAUGUUACAGUGCGUGAUAGUUCUAUUUUAAUUCGCUAGUUUACGGUACGAUAUCGUCCAAAAUUAUUCAGUGAUUUCCGUUAUCAAUCAUUUGAGUGAGAUUAAUCGUUUUUAAUAUUUAGGUUUGUACGACGAUGAAAAUAAUGGAAGAAUAAAGUGCAUUUGUUGUUGAGUAGGAAACUA